GCGAAGGUCUGCGCAGCGCAAUCGGCCUGAAAGCGCUGACAAGCGGUCGAGCGGCCACUGGGGACUUUGUCGAAGCACAGCACCCACGCUAUCUGCGAAAGGCAGCCUCAGAAACGAACCUCAGCAGGCCGGGGCAGCAAAGCACCAGAUAGGAUGCCAGCCAAACGCCGCGGCGAGGCCGACGCGCGCGCCCUCCUCCGGAAGUUCGGUAGAGCUCUCGACAGCGACGACAGCCCGACGCGCGUGCGGCGGCCCGGCGGCUCGGGCCUCGCGGCCGUGCGGUCCGCGGUGUCGACGACCACGAGCGCGACGGCACCCACAAGCUGGGUCGCCGCCUGGGGCCUCGUGCCGCACCUUCCCGCUUUGAAAAAGAGCGGCCCGCGCCGGAGCGCCCGCGCGACGCCGGCGGCGGUGUCCUUCAGAGGAUCAAUAGCGAGCGUCGCCUGCGGCCCGGCGGGCGUCGUCGUCAUCAGCGAGGAGAAUCAUGCCGUCGCGGCGCCGGCGGAGGGUGGGAGAAGGAAGGUCGGCUGCCGAGCACAAAGCGCGGCCGUCGGCGAGACCGUGGCGCUGAUCUUGAACGACCAGAGUCUCUACGCCGUCGACCCUAGUAGGGACGCCCCGCGCAACGGCUCCUGGGAGCGGCCCCGGCGCCUGGACCCUUUUGCGGGUGCGCCUCCAUUUGCGCAAGCGCGAACCAUCACGGGCGUCGCCUGCGGUUCAAAUCAUUGUUUAGCAAGGUCCUCCUGCGGCGCGGUUUUUGCGUGGGGCGCCGGCGACGCGGGCCAACUCGGCGACGACGACGGCCACGACAUCACGCGGGCCCACCCGACGGCUAUCGUCUUCCCGGCGGACUACGAGCCAUGUGAAAGGGGCGCUUUGUCGGCGGGAGCGCACCACUCGGCGCUCGUAGACGGUGCCGGAGCUCUAUGGACCUGGGGCUGGACGGAGCACGGGCGGCUCGGGAGAGACUCCGUCGAGGAGGACGAGGACGAUGGUAGGGUUGCGGGCACGCCGGGAAUCGCCUCAUUGCCCGGUGGCGGGGAAUGUAUUGACGUCUCGUGCGGCGCGGCCCACACAAUUGUCGUGGACAACAACGGCUUCGUGAGCGGCUGCGGCUGGAACGAGUGGGGCCAGGCGACGGGUCGCAUGAAUUGUAGUAGUGUGUGGCACCUGACUCCCGUUCGGUUCAAGGUCCCGUUCAGCGCAAUAAAAGUCGCCUGCGGCCUCGGGCAUUCCAUAGCCGUCGACUCUAAUGGAAACGCGAAGAGCUGGGGCUUCGGCGAGGACGGCCAGCUCGGCUUUGGAAGGGAGGCCGAAAAGUCGUCUCCGGUAGAUGUUGACUUGUCGAAGGCGGGGUUGCGGAACGGGCCCGCUUGUGUUGCAUCUAUUGCUUGCGGCGGCUCGGCGUCGGUUGCCGUCGUGGCCGAGGCGGUGGGGAGCGACUUGGAAAUGUUGCGACGAAGGCGCCUUGCCAUACGGCGCGUCUCAUUAUAUCUGCAAGCGUUGUACCGGGGUAAACGUGCAAGGCGCUUCUACCGCGAGAUGCUCGAGGAGGAGUUGCAAGAUCGACUCCGAAGGUUGCGGAGGAUGACAGAUUUAGGUAUUGAUAGUAGGGACCCUACUCCCAUAAAGCAGGCGCUGGAGUCUUUUGAGGAUGAUGUCGGGGAAGAUUCACAGAGAGCGCGCGAGGCGUUGAGGCGAUUGGCGUGUCGAUCCCAACUCGAAGAGGCCCUCUCAAAUGGCGACGACGACGCGGCAGUGGCUCUCGUUGAUUUGGCCCCGGACCACGACGGCGAUAUUGACGCUUUACGGAGCGGGGGCCGGCGGCCGCCGCGAGCGUUGGCCGGCGUGCUGUGCGAGGACGCGGCGGAGCUGUGCGGGAUGCAACAGUCUGUGGAGUCGUGGCGCGACGACUUGGUGGGCUACCGCGAGGCGAAAUUGCGGCUUGCUGAACGUUCUCAGCGAGAGUUGACCGCGGCGGUGAAACUACAAUUGUGGUGGCGCGGGUCGCUGGCGACGCGCCUCGCGCUGGCGGAGCUUUUCCGUCUCCGGCAGCGCCGGACCAACGCCGAGCGGGUCGAGGCCGAGCGGCGGGCAAAACGUGAUGCGGAGGACCAGUACAACGCCGCGACGGCUUGUCAAUCAAUCUUCCGCGGGCGCGCGGCGCGGUCGGCCCGGGACGCGGAGGUGGCUCGUAGAUUGGGCAUCCGCGCGGACGCGGCUUCCACGUUAUGUAAUUUCGCGCGCAACUGGCGCGCGCGGCGGUAUUUGAAGAGACUACGGGCGCGCGCGCGGCGCUUAGCUAGAGAGGCCGCCAAGAGGCGGGAACGCGAGCUCGCCGAGCGCCUCGCGGCGAAACAAAAACAGCCCAGGAAGCGCACGGUGCCCAAGAAGCGCGACCCGAUGCACGCGGACGCCGUGGCUGCUGCUAGAGCCGCGAGAGAGGCGGGACAGUACCUGAAGAAGCUCGAGGCGCAGGAUCGCAAGGCGGCCGAGGAGGCCGCGCAAAACGCGCGCCAGGCCCUCGACGCCGCCCGAAUGAAACGGGAUAGAGAUAGACGGUCUCGUUUAGCAGCAAAGCGCCGGGCCGAGGCCGAGGCGCGUGCGCUUGCUGAACAACAAGCGAAGGCCGAGGCCGACGCGGCCGCCGCCGCGGCCGAGGAGGCCGCCGCCGCGACGCCGCCGACGCCGCCCGCGCCGCGCCGGGAGCCCGAGUCGUUCCCGGGCUACGUCCAGCGCCGGCGCAGGGAAAAGUUCGAGGAGCCGACCGUGACGGCGCCGCUUCCCAAAAAACGUCCCACGAAGUUCAAGAGCGUGGAUGAGUGGGCGAGUAAGUGUGGAUAAAUCACAAA